AUGGUUCGGAAAAUAGCUUUUAAAUUUGCCGGAGUAAAUCAUUUGAAGCACAAUUUUGACAAAACAUCCCAAAUGGUAGGAAAGGAUUGGUUCUACGGGUUUCAGAAAAGACAUCCCAAUAUUUCGCUACGUAAACCUGAGUCCACGUCCAUCACUAGAAUUAAAGCUUUUAAUGAAACAGAAAUAAAAAUGUUUUCCGACAAUUUGGAUGCUUUGCAAGCAAAACACCACUUUGAUCCUUAUCAUAUUUACAAUGUUGACGAGAUAGGCAUAUCUGAUGUUAAAAAAAAUUCUAAAAUUUUAGUGCCAAAAGGCCAAAAACAAGUCGGAAUGGCAACAAGUGGUAAAAGGGGCUCUACAACAACAGUUGGUUGCGCCUUCAGUGCUUCUGGGAAGUAUAUUCCUCCAUUUCUUAUUUUCAAAAGAGAGCGAAUGAAUGCUCAAUUGUUAGGUGGAGCCAAUGCUAACAUGAUAGCAGCCGUUAACGAUUCGGGUUGGAUCAACGAAAACCUAUUCGUAGCCUGGUUACAUCCAGUAUUGUUAUUCCUUCCACCACCAGAUCACAUCGAAUGCAAUCAUUGGACUUGA